UAAGUUGCACUGAAACUUCCUCACCCUUUCCAUCUCGUUUCUCUCACCUUUUCUUUAUUGUGUUAUGCCCCCUCAUCUUUUACUUUUCUUCUGCUUGGACUUGGUGGAAGGCUGAAAGCCUUACGUUAAGUUGCCAUGAAACUUCCUCACCCCUUCCACCUCAUUUCUCUCACCUUUUCUUUUGUCUCUGUCUCGCAUCGAAAACCUGACUGCUCUAAACACAAUUUAUUUUACCAGUAGUAGGAUGUUGAACCGUCUCUAAAACAACACUUGUUUUCUUUGUUGGGUUUUGUGUCGUCGUAAUUUCGAGGUUGAAAUUAAUGGCUGGAAUGCUCCCUGGUGUGGAAAGCGCUCGGAGGAGACGAGUCCGUCAGAGAGGAGAGCCACCGUGUGUCGGCGGCAUCCAUGGCAGCACCAGGCGCUCUUGUUUCUGUUUGUAUGCUAGCAACCAUGAAUCUCACCACACCUCCACUUCUCCGCUGCAACGAAGCAUACUGAACCAAGCAUACAUGGAUGAGAAGCUGGGAGUGGAAGCCAGAGAAGCAAAGGGGAGAUUAGAUGAAAGACUGAGAACACAAAGAAAAUCACAACUUAAAAGGCACAAUAAUAGUAACAACAAAGGACUGAAAAGUGUGGAUGGAGGAGGAAGAUCAUCUGUGGUGCUCGGAGAGUUGCAGAAAGAAGUGUAUGGAGCUAAAAAGAGUAGCAGUAGCACAAGUGGAUCAAAGAAGUUCAGCUGGUCAAAGUUGUCCUGGAAGUCAUCAGACCAGGAUGAGUGUGCAGUCUGCCUGGAAAGGUUCAGUCCAGGUAAGACCCUGGUGCACCUGCCCUGUGCCCAUAGGUUCCACUCUGGUUGCAUGGUUCCAUGGCUUCACAGCAAUGCUCAUUGCCCGUGUUGCAGAAUGGAGAUUUCUCCUAGUAAUUGUAUUGGUAAUUUUGUAAAUUAAAAUUGUAAAAUAUAGAUUGAGCUUGCAGUUGCAGUUGUAGAGUUGGUUUGAAGGAUUUGACCUUGUGUGCUAAUUGUUUAGCUACCAUAUGUUUUUGUUGAAGUGAAUAGUUGCCAAGUAUGAGUAAAUAGUUUAUGCAUAUUGAUGGGAGAUCAUAAUCCCACACAUUGAUCACUUCCACAAGUAUUUUGGAAAAAUACUUUGACUCGUUACAUGUAAGUAGCAUUUGUUUUCAUUGCAAAUAAAUCGUAGUUUGACUCUUA